AUGCUAUGCGUGGACGAAACCCAGUUGGCCCAGGAUCUUACGACGUAUGAACCACGACCAAAUCUGACUAAGAAUCCAUUUCAGAUCGAUAUGAAAGACAAUAUUCAUGUGAAGCCAACCAGUACCAAAGGGUACACUCUAGGGGCUAGGACUGCAAAACGAGAGUCACGUGUUCUCCAAGAUGCAUUUGCACCUGGUCCAGGUACGUACGAUCCCCACGAAACAAAGAAACCCAUCAAGAUGUGCUUUUUACCAUUCAAUCAAGCAUCUGGACGCGUUACACAGACAAUCACAGGUUCAGAUGUUCCAGGAGUCGGUACUUACAACCUACGCACAUCGAAUUGUCGAAGAAUUCCGUGGCAACGUGACACCAUGCUCCGACCAAUUGACCUACCACAAGUUGAACAGAAAAGCACAAUUCCAGUCAACACGAACAAGCUGCCUACAACUACAGAAUGUAAGCGAUAUCAACGCAAGUUGGCUUACUUGCAAUUGUACUUUUGA